GUUCCCCUCCCCCGCCCCCGAGAGCAACUGCAUCGCUAUCACUUUGAAUCCCUCAUCGACGACGCACUAUUCCUCCAUGGAUCUUUCGAUCUCUCCAUGCGCGUAUAAAAUGGGGGAGGAGGAGAUCCCAGAGGUAGGGGACGCUACGAACCUGAUUAGGGUUUCGUCGUCGAGGAGGAGGAGGAGGAGAUGGGGAGGAGGGUCGAGAGGUUGGUGUUCGCCAUUAAUGGCGAGAGGUACGAGGUGUCGGGGGUGGAUCCGUCCACGACGCUGCUGGAGUUUAUACGGACGCGGACACCCUACAGAGGCCCCAAGCUCGGAUGCGGAGAAGGUGGCUGUGGAGCUUGUGUUGUUUUUCUGUCAAAAUAUGAUCCCAUCGCCGACCUAGUUGAAGAAUUUUCUGCAAGUUCAUGCCUUACGCUCCUUUGCAGUAUAAAUUUCUACUCAAUUACAACCACCGAGGGUCUUGGAAAUGUUAAGGAUGGCUUCCAUUCGAUUCACCAAAGGAUGGCCGGCUUUCAUGCCUCGCAGUGCGGUUUUUGUACCCCCGGGAUGUGCAUGUCCCUUUUCUCCGCCCUUGUUAAUGCAGAUAAAAAAACCGAUAGACCUGAGCCGCCAGACGGGUUCUCAAAGCUCACAGUCUCUGAGGCGGCAAGAGCUAUUCAAGGCAAUUUGUGUCGAUGUACCGGUUACCGACCCAUUCUAGAUGCUUGCAAGAGUUUCGCAACUGAUGUGGAUUUGGAAGACUUGGGCUUGAAUUCUUUUUGGAAGAAAGGGGAUAAGGAUUUGAAAACUACCAAGUUGCCCCGCUAUUCUUCCGGCGGAGUCUGCACCUUCCCAGAAUUUUUAAAAACCGAGAUCAGAUCCUCAUCAGGUGUUUCGAAUGAAGCUAAGCUUACAUCCAUCGAAAAGGGCUGGUAUCGCCCUGAUAGUGUUGAAGAACUUUAUAAGUUACUGAAUUCUAAUGCAUUUGACGAAAGAAAAGUCAAAUUGGUAGUGGGGAACACUAGUUCUGGUGUUUAUAAAGAUACGGACUUGUAUGAUAAAUAUAUUGACCUCCAAGCGAUUCCUGAGCUUUCAGUUAUCAAAAAGGAUAACAUAGGCAUCGAAUUUGGAGCAGCUGUGACAAUUUCUACAGCCAUCGAAGUGCUUAGAGAAGAGAAUAAUGGAGCAGUGAUCUUCAAGAAAAUCGCUGAUCACAUGAAUAAGGUGGCCUCGCCAUUUGUUCGAAAUACAGCCAGCUUAGGAGGAAAUAUAAUGAUGGCUCAAAGAUCUGAAUUCGCCUCAGACAUAGUCACAAUACUUCUCGCAGCCGGUUCUACUGUUUGUAUCCAAACAUCUUCAGAGAGGGUAACUCUUACGCUGGAAGAAUUUUUGGUGAGGCCUCCAUUUGAUUAUAAAACCCUACUUUUGAGCAUAUUUAUCCCUUCUUGGAGUAUAGCAGGGACUGACCUGCUUUUUGAAACAUACAGAGCAGCCCCUCGACCCAUCGGCAAUGCUGUGGCUUAUCUCAAUUGUGCAUUUCUAGCGCAGAUUUCUCAAUGUAAAGAAUCAGAUGGUUUUGUUUUGGAUAAAAUACAAUUGGCUUUUGGUGCAUAUGGAACCCAACAUGCCACUAGGGCAAGGAAAGUUGAGGAAUUUCUAGUGGGUAGAGCCGUCACUGCAUCUGUUCUGCUUGAAGCAUUCGGAUUGCUUAGAGAAACAGUUGUUGCUUCAAAAGGCACGUCGCAUCCUGAAUAUAGAACAAGUUUGGCUGUUAGUUUCCUAUUCAGCUUUCUCUGCCCGCUCGCUAAAGAAUUGACAGAGCCCAGGAAGACUGUUCUAUCUAAUGGUGAUAGUGCUAAAUACUCAGAUGGCGGUGUCAACAACUGUGAAAACAAUAUGACAUCAAAUAUUGUAAAUCUUGAUCACGAUGAUUUGCAUUUUUCUUCACAGCAGGAGGUGGAGUUCGGCAAAGGCUAUCUCCCUGUUGGGGAGCCAACAAAGAAAGCUGGAGCAGAAAUCCAAGCUUCUGGUGAAGCUGUAUAUGUGGAUGAUAUUCCUGCUCCAAAGGACUGUCUCUAUGGAGCUUUUAUCUACAGCACGAGAGCCCUUGCUCACGUAAGAGGCAUCAAGUUUAACAAUUCUCUAGCAUCAGAGAAAAUUGUUAGUGUUUUCACUGCUAAAGACAUUCCAAGCGGUGGAGAAAACAUUGGAUCAAUCUUUAUGUUUGGAUCGGAACGGCUGUUUGCUGAUUUGCUUACUGAGUAUGCUGGAGAACCACUAGGCAUUUUGAUUGCAGAGACUCAGAGAUUCGCCAACAUAGCUGCUAAGCAGGCUAUUGUUGACUAUGACAUGGAAAAUUUGGAACCACCAAUUUUAACUGUAGAAGAUGCAAUUAGACGAGAAAGUUAUUUCCAAAUUCCACCUCCUCUUAAUCCUAAACCAGUAGGUGAUUUCUCCAAAGGAAUGGCAGAAGCUGAUCGAACAAUUCAAUCAGGCGAGGUAAAUCUUGGUUCACAGUAUUAUUUUUACAUGGAGACACAAACAGCUCUAGCUCUUCCAGAUGAAGAUAAUUGCAUGGUGGUUUACUGUUCAACUCAGUACACUGAGCUUACGCAGAGUGUGAUUGCAAAGUGCCUUGGCAUCCCCUUCCACAAUGUCCGUGUUAUUACAAGAAGAGUUGGAGGAGGUUUUGGUGGGAAGACAUCCAAAGCAAUUACUGUUGCUGCUGCAUGUGCACUCGCAGCAUAUAAACUGCGCCGCCCUGUUCGAAUGUACAUGGACCGCAAAACCGAUAUGAUAAUGGUAGGCGCGCGACAUCCAAUGAAAGUGAAGUACUCUGUGGGAUUCAAAUCUGAGGGGAAACUCACAGCUUUGCACAUUGAUCUGAGAAUUAAUGCAGGAAUAUCAGAAGAUUUUAGCCCAUUAUUACCCAAGUGUAUUAUAAGCAGUCUAAAAGGAUACAAUUGGGGUGCUUUUUCUUGUGAUGUGAAAUUGUGCAAAACAAAUCUCAUAUCCAAGUCAGCAAUGCGGGCUCCUGGACAUUUACAAGGGUCCUAUAUUGCUGAAGCUAUUAUCGAACAUGUGGCUUCAAUUCUCUCUCUUGAUGCCAAUUAUAUCCGGAGAAAGAAUCUUCACACCUUUGAGAGUCUCACGUUGUAUUAUCAAGGUAACUUUGGAGAAGCUUCUUCAUAUUCUUUACCUUCUGUGUUCGAUGAGCUGGUGUUAUCUCCAACCUAUCAGCAGCAUGUUGAAAUGAUUAAAAACUUCAAUUGCGCCAAUAAAUGGAAAAAACGGGGUAUUUCGUGUAUGCCCACUGUGUAUGAAGUGACAUUAAGGCCAACACCUGGGAAAGUUUCAGUUUUAAAUGAUGGUUCGGUCGUUGUUGAGGUUGGAGGAAUUGAAAUAGGACAAGGGUUGUGGACUAAAGUGAAGCAGAUGGCAGCAUUCGGUCUAGGGAAGUUGUGGGAGGAUGGGAGCAUGAACCUUCUAGAGAAGGUUCGGGUUGUUCAGGCCGAUACUAUAAGUUUAAUUCAAGGAGGACUGACUGCUGGGAGCACCACAUCUGAAUCAAGCUGCGAAGCAGUUCGUUUGUCGUGUGGUAUUUUGGUUGAGAGAUUAAUGCCCCUCAAGGAAAGGCUGCAAGAACUAGGGGGCUCUGUUUCAUGGGGUACUUUAAUAGCUCAGGCAAGUAUGGAAAGUGUUAAUCUAUCAGCAAGCACCUACUGGGUCCCUGAUCGCACAUUUAAAAGCUAUUUAAACUAUGGAGCUGCUCUAAGUGAGGUGGAGAUCGAUCUUCUUACAGGAGCUACCACGAUUUUAAGGAGUGAUAUUUUGUACGACUGUGGCAAAAGCUUAAACCCUGCUGUGGAUGUGGGACAGGUUGAAGGUGCUUUUGUUCAAGGAAUUGGCUUUUUCGUGAACGAGGAGCACUUGUCAAAUUCGGAUGGCGUAGUGCUCACUGAUGGCACUUGGACAUACAAACCACCUACCGUCGAUACCAUUCCGAAACAGCUUAACGUUGAAUUCUUUAACAGCGGACAUCACCAGAAGCGUGUGCUCUCUUCGAAAGCUUCUGGGGAGCCGCCUUUAGUUCUUGCUGCUUCAGUCCACUGCGCGAUAAGACAAGCCAUCAGAGCUGCUAGAAAAGUGCAUGUUUCCACGACUGGGUCCGAAAACUCUCCCUCAAUAUUCGAACUAGCGGUUCCCGCAACAAUGCCCGUGGUCAAGGAGCUGUGCGGGCUCGACAAUGUUGACAAGUACUUGGAAAGCAUCUCUGCUCGUCGAUCAGUGAAAGCAUGACUUGUAGUCGCAAAUCUAUCCCGCGUUCUAUUACGCGCAUAGCGUUUCUGUCAAAGUGCUUUUCCAGAUAACUACUUCGUAUGCCGAGAUAACAAGUUCAUGUUGUGUUGUUUUGUGAGCCUAAGAAGAUUUACUGGAGUUUGUAGCAUGAAUAAGUUACUGAUGUAUCCACAUUGUUGGUUGCUUUUGCCCUUUGUGUGUAUUCUAUAUUAUGUUUCCUGGAUCCUUGAAGCAUGAAUAAAGAAAAGCUAGAUGCAAUUCGCCAAAGGGUCCUUAAAACAUUGCUUAAUUAUGUUGAAUAUAAAAAUAUAUAAACACUGUUAUGUGAUA